AUGGGCAGAGUGGGAACUGAUCAUUACUUUGCAAUGGAUCAUAUUGUGCUGCUGCUGAUGUAUGUUGCUCCUGUGGUUCGAUGCUAUGGUUCGGGACAAGUAACAGCUAGCUGUGACAGCAUGCAACCCCGCCACUCUGGCCUGAGCCCACAAACGAAACCAGCACCCUUCACCAUCACUACGGACCACAGCAGCUACAGACUUGGAGAGGAGAUCAAAGUUCAGCUCCAGGCUGUGGGCUCCACAUCAUUCACUGGUUUUCUGUUACAAGCUAGAGAGGUGGGGGGCCAGUCUCCUGUGGGCUUCUUCACCCUGACAGCAGGGGCUGCUCAGCUACUUAUUUGCAGCCAGACACCUAACUCAGCUGUAUCCCACAGAUCACCAUCUGUUAAGACCUCCAUCCAGGUGACAUGGAGAUCAGAAACAUCAAGAUAUGGGAAACCCAUUCAGUUCCAUGCCUCCUUUGUGCAGAAUUACAGGACGUUUUGGGUUGAUGUUACAAGUCUCACCCUGACCUUCACUAAGGACAAUGCUGGUGGAUCUACAAGUCCCUCCAAUACAGCAAUAACAAGUUCCACCAGCACAUCAACAACAACCACAAUACUUCAGCCUUCACCACCAGUUAAGAGUAUCUCCAGGGCAGACUGCGGUGUCACCAAGGUGUGUUUCAGCCAGCCAUCUGAAUGUGAUCCUACAGUCAAUGCUGACUGUUAUUUCAUGUCAGCGAUGAUGUUGUCUACCAGUGAUGCAACCAUCCGCUAUGAGAUGACAGGUUCCUCUGAUGGAUACAUCUCUUUUGGAUUCUCAGAUGAUAAGAUUAUGGGAAACGAUGACAUAUAUAUUUGUGGCAUAGGCAGUAACGGCCUGGUGGGGUUGCAGCAUGCCUUUUCAACAGGUCGAACAGCUCCACAAGCUGUUCUUUUGGGGAAUGUUUCUGAUGUAAAAGUGUCGGUGCGGGACAGGGUGAUCAGCUGUUCCUUCACCUCCAUGAACACUAUUUCUACUCAGAGGGCCACCGGCAUCAACAAAACCUACCAUCUCAUGUUUGCUCAUGGACCCAGCAGCAAUGGAAAAAUCCAGUUCCAUGCAGGUACCUUCAUUAGCACUGACAAAAUAGACAUUUCCAGACCUCGGAUUAUCAGAAAAGCUGGAUGGCCUCAUAUCAUCAAAGCACAUGGUGCAUUGAUGCUGAUAGCCUGGAUGACCACAGGAUCAUUGGGAAUGAUGGUAGCCCGAUAUCUGAAAGGAAUGGCCAAAGGACAGAAUCUGUGCGGCAAAGAUGUCUGGUUCCUGGUCCAUGUAGCAGUGAUGAGCGUGACAAUAGCAGCCACAAUCAUCGCCUUCAUCCUCUCCUUUUCAUAUGUCAAGGCCUGGUCUGAAGGAACCCAUCCUGUGUUAGGCUGCCUGGUUAUGAUCCUCUCGUUCAUCCAGCCCAUACCGGCUCUGCUGCGUUGUGGACCACAACAUCCACAGAGAUUUCUGUUCAACUGGUCACAUGCUUUAAAUGCAGUGGUAAUAAAAGCAUUAGCUGUGGCGGCCAUUUUUACGGGUCUGAAGUUGAUCGACAGCACCCUGGACCAAUGGCUGAUGAAAGUGAUGGGUGGUUUUGUUGGCUGGGAAGCUUUGUUCUACAUCCUCUUGGAUGUCCAUUUAAAAUGGAAGUUCAACAGUAAAGAAACUUUGGAAUCAAAAACGAUAUCAGCUGAUUGCCUGCUGAUGGCUGUGUUCUUCCUGGGAAACUUUACCUUUCUGGUGGCAUUGUUGGUGGGAAUUGGGAUGUCAUAA